ACGUACGGAUCCAAUUACAUACGCAGGACCGCCACGGCGAGCUUCCAAUCUUACUUCCAGGUGUAGCUUCGGAAGCUCUUCGGCAGGGUCCACGGUAACGCCGGCCAUGGACCUCUUCUCCGCCCUUACGUGUCCUGAAAACGGUGUUUGUUUUUUACCCUUAUACAGACUGACAUAAGGAACAACUGAAGAAAAAGAAGGGAAUAGAGGGACAAGCAACAACGAUCACUGGUCUAGUAGACCCUUGGGAGCCAAGCUCGAUCGUCACCGGAGAAAGUUACCCGGCUAAACAGUAAGGGAAAGACUAUGGAAUCCGUUAUUGGGCUUCUCAGGGUCCGAAUCAUAAGAGGGGUCAACCUCGCCGUCCGAGACACACGGGGAAGUGAUCCCUACAUCGUCCUAAGCUUGGGUGGCCAGAAAUUGAAGACCAGUACAAUCAAGAACAAUGUCAACCCAGAAUGGAAUGAAGACUUAACCCUUACUGUUUCUGAGCCUCUCCAACCAAUUAAACUCCAAAUAUUUGACAAAGACACAUUCAGCAGCGACGAUGAAAUGGGAGAUGCAGAGUUUGACAUCCAUUCCUUCCUUGCUGCUGUGAGAAUGGAUUUGACUGGCAUCCCAAAUGGUACUACAAUCACAACUGUGAAACCCAGCAGGGAGAACUGUCUUGCCGUUGAAAGCCCAAUCUUAAAGAAAGAUGGAAAAGUGGUCCAAGACUUGGUUCUGAGGCUGAGAAAUGUCGAGUCCGGCGAAGUCGAACUGCAGCUGAGCUGGGUUAACAUCCCAGGGAGAACCGCCUCGUUGUCGAAAGCCCAAUCAUAGAGAAAGAUGGAAGAGUAAUCCAAGACUUGAGAAAUGUGGAGUCUGGUGAAGUUGGGCUUCAGCUGAGCUGGGUUAACAUCCCAGGUGCUCCAGAUUUCUGAAACAAUCUCUACUGUAAUCAAGUCAUGUUUGUUUCUGAACAAUUUUUAUGUGUUAUUUUGCCUAUGGAACUUUAUCAUGAAUCCUUCAAUCAGUGGAAUCGCUAUUUAAACACAACUGAAUUAUUACAGCGGAAGGAAGUAUGUUCACUCUGUAUCAUAUUUGUGUGAAGUUAAUGCAGAUGUCAUCUUUCAUUGAUGUCCA